UGUCACUGACUCAACUAUAUUACUAUAGUUACUACCUGCCGGCAAUUGUAGCGACCUAGCGAACUUCACGAUGUUCCAUGUGAGACGUUGGGCGCGGAAAUCGAUCUUUUGAUUUGUAAAAAAGUUCGAUCGGUAUGGGUCGUCGAGAGCGCGUUUUAUCGAGACGGGAUCACAUUUACUAAUAUAAUGGGCGUCUAUAAUUAAUAGAGAAAAAGGACGAAAGAAAUGGCUCUCUAUGACAAUCAACAUUGGCUCCUGUCGCACAUCAGAGACAGUUUUCUCGCGACGGACGAUACAGGUAUGUGCGACAUGGUGAUACUAGGGGAGGAUAUUCCUAAGCAGUUGAAGAAAAACAGUACCUUGCAAUGUUAUCCUGGUAUGGAAGAAAGUGACGACGAAGAUUUAGAUGUGAUGGCAGAAUCAUAUGACAUACAAAUGGAAAUGCCAUUCAGUCACAGACAGAGAUCUAAUACUGCACAAAGAUUAGAGAAAAUGGAUAUAGAAAGGAAAAAGGCCGCCAAAAUCAAACAUGUUAAAUGGGAACAUAAUCUUAGUGCUGUGACGCCUGCAGAUCAAUCAGAUCUAUUUCAAAGAAAAGAUUUUCGUAGGAAAACUCCACUUAAAAAAGGACAAUCUCUUUUGUCGGAACAACUCGAAAAAUGUCCAUAUUUACCACCAAAUCCAUUUAAAGAAUAUAUCAAAUUUGAUGGCGACACACAAGUGAGCGUUCCUGUGAGAAAGUACAGGAUAUUCAUGUGUAUGUUGCCGAAAGAGGACAGGACGUAUCCGCUUCAAGCAGCGGUGAUAGUAACAGCACGAGUGUUGGACUUUAUUGGAUUAAUUUGUUACAAAUAUGCAAUUGAACAUCCCGACCAUAAUUUGAAGUCUGUAACAAGUUACUUUAUAUAUAUAUGGGCCUUUCCCUGUUUAGAUCCACACGAAACUAUCUCCAAAUUUGAAUUCACUACACUGGGCCUGAUCGAGAUGAAGCCAAGUGAUAAAGCACGAUACAACACAAUAAGUUGCAUUGAGAAAAAAGAUGAAGAGAUCCUGGAUAGGAAAGACAAGGAGCAGGAGGAAGUUGCAAAGGACUUGGCCAAGAUGGAGGGUCAUACUACUGCGAUGGAGGCGCCGUUGUAUCAGUCAUAUAGAGUAUAUAUAAUUAACAAAAUGCGAGCAAAAACUGAGAUUCAUCUUGGAAUAUCGGGCGAAAAGAUAGAGAUAGAUCCAGUGAUAACAGGCAAAGGUGCUGCCAGAUUUUGGAAUAGACAACGAGCAGUCAGUUAUCACAUAGACAACAUCGCAUGGUGCGAAGUGACCGAGACUAAGGGAUCAAAAACUAUAUUUACGCUGGUUUAUACCCCACAAUCCAGCGCUCCGGAUAAUAUUCUGAGUCAAAGCCAUUCACUUCAUCAAUCAGCAUCUUUUAAGAAUCAUGAUUUCGAGGCGGAUUCAGUGACAGCUGAGGAGAUUGUACGAAAAAUUAAUCACAUCCUAGAGCUACAUAGCAGUCAGUCAAGGAAGGAAUAUCUCGCACAGAAGGAGAGGAAAGCAGCAAGAAGAAAGAGCUUCCAUCUGCAUAGAUGACAGCUUUAUUGGUUAUUCCGUACAAUCUUAGAUUAUUUAAAGCAUUGAAUAUUAGUAUAUCAUAAAACAUGAUCGUAAGAGUCACUCUAAGAAAUAUCUUUUCAUCACAACCGAGUUAAUAUCUCGAAUUUCGUUGACAUGCCAGAAAUGGCGAGAUGGAGAGAGAGAGAGAGAGAGAGAGAGAGAGAGAGAGAGAGAGAAGUAGAGGUCUUCU